UUUAAAUAUUUAAGCAGGUAAAAAAAACGACAGACAAUUAUUUUGGCGCGAUUUACUUUUUUCACGACAUAAAUAAAUUUUGCUAACACAAACAAUCAGAUAGUGAUACGAUUUAACUCACUGAUGGCAGAAAAUAUCAGAACACACGUCGACAGAGCCGGACUUGAACACAAAUUAAAGGAAUGGGCGAUCGAUUAUGAAACAUAUGAACAUCCUGGGGUAUUUACCGUUGAGCAGGCAUUACCUCAUUUAAGUAAUGCGGAAGGAAUGUUUGCCAAGAACCUUUUCCUUCGAGACAAAAAGAAACGCCUGUUCUUGUUCUGCGCCCCACACGACGCCGACAUUAAACUCAACGAUCUCGCGAAACUCGUCGGAGCGUCUGGAGGACUCAGAUUUGCAGACGAGAAUGUGUUGCAGCAGACGCUUGGUUUAACGCAAGGUGCGGUGACGGUUUUUGGAAUAAUAAAUGACGUAAGCAAUGACGUCAGGCUCGUGUUAGACAAACGCCUAACAGACGGUACUUAUUCGAAGAUAAUGUUCCAUCCCAUGGAGAAUACUGCUACGUUAUCAAUGACGUCCGAGGGAUUGGUUAAAUUUAUAGAAAUGUCAAACCAUAAACCUCUUAUCAUAGAGAUAUCUUAAACGUUGUCUAACGCUUACGUUUUCACUUUUAACCGCAUUCGGUAAACCUCGGCCAAUUUCAUUCGAAAACUACCUCGGAUGUAUGCCGGUUCAUCUGUAGAGGUAGUUCGUAAAAAUUUAAAUGGUAUUGUUAAUAUAGUUUUAACGUGUACUUUGAAUUACUAAGUUUACAUUGAUUGCCAGUGAAGUCAAUUAUUGCAUAAAUAGUUAAGAUUUCCAAGAGUAAAGUCAUUACGUUUAAUGCUAAAUUGAAAUUACUACGCGAUCUAUUUAUUGUUCAGUUAAAUGUAAGGAUUUAUGACAGUGUUAGCUGUCCAUAUACAGCUGAGGUUGUUUUCGAUGGAAAAUGGCCGAUAUGUUUCGAAUGUUGUACCCAUUAAUGGGCAAAUUACACCAAAACGGAAGUGCCUGCUCAUUGUUACAUGCCUUAUUUCAUUUAAUUGACACAUGACCGUGAAUCAAAACAUGGUUAUACCUUGUGUUUGUUUAUUUAAGUUUAUCAAGGUCUGCCCGCGCCCAUUGGCUUAACCACUAGGCCACGGAGACGGUCGUCUACCUUAGACAUGUGGCUACCUUCCAUAUUUAUAGUUUUGAAGCUGAAUAUGAAGCUAGUAUGUGAUUUCAAAAACAGGCGCAAUAUGCUGGAUCUUCUUGAUCUACUUUUUACUGUUUACAUUUUCAUCGCAUCGUUUGUCCUCGUACAUAGGAUAUUG